AUGUUCUUUCCAUUUCUGUCGCCUGUCCUUUUUUUCCUUUAUUUUUUCUUCCUCUUAAAACUUUUUACUUCCUUUUACCUUCUUUUCCUAACGUGGUGCCUGUGUUUCUCCCGAUUUUUCUCUUUCUUUUCUAUUUCUUUCUUUUUUUUUCAUUUUCUUUUCAUUUAUUACCCUUCAUUUCUUUUACUACAUUUCUUUUUUCUUAUUCUAUUGUUUAUCGUCGACUCAUUUUCGUUUCUUUUCCCGUUUUUCUCUUUCUUUUUUGUACACUAUUUACCUAACUACUGCAGAGUUUCUUCAAACCUAACGUUUUUUUUUUCCUCUAUUUCUUUGCUUGUGUCUUUAAACUUUGCCUUUUUCUUUUCUUACACUUCAUUUAUUCUUUUUAGUAUCUUUUAUUUUCUUCAUUUUUUUUCUAUUUCUCUUUCUAUUCCUUUUCUUCAUUCUUUAAUCUUUGACUUAUUUCUUCCUCUUCAUUUUUUCUUCUUCCUUGUUCCUUUUUUCAUCUAUUUCUUUUCUUGUGUCUUUAAUAUUUGCCUUUUCUUAAUCUUUUUUCUUCUUCUUAGUUCCCUCCAUUUUCUAUUUCUUCUUUUAUUCCUUUCCUUGUGUGUUUAA